CCGGAUAAAGGGGCGCAGGGCGGGCGCGGGUGGCAGAGCCUUCGUUUGCAGAGUCGCCUCAGGACUGCAGACAUGAAGCUCGUCUUCCCGGCUCUGCUGUUCCUCGGGGCCCUUGGACUGUGUCUGGCUGCCCGUCCGGAAAAAGUUCGAUGGUGCACCACAUCACAAGCCGAGUCAGCAAAAUGCUUCAAAUUCCAAAGGAAUUUGAGAAAAGUGAACGGCCCUCCUAUUUCCUGCAUAAGGAAAGACGAUUCCCGCGGAUGUAUCCAGGCCAUUGCGGGAAAUAAGGCAGAUGCUGUGACCCUUGAUGGUGGUUUGGUGUUUGAGGCAGGACUGGCCCCCUACAAACUGCGCCCUGUGGUGGCGGAAGUCUAUGGGACGGAAGCGCAGCCACGAACCCACUAUUAUGCUGUGGCUGUGGUGAAGAAAGGCAGUGGCUUUCAGCUGAACCAACUACGAGGUCGAAAGUCCUGCCACACGGGUCUUGGCAGGACCGCCGGGUGGAAUGUCCCUAUAGGGACACUCCGUCCAUUCUUGGAUUGGGCAGGGCCACCUGAGCCCCUUCAGGCAGCUGUGGCCAGGUUCUUCUCAGCCAGCUGUGUUCCUGGUGCAGAUGGAGGACAGUUCCCCAACCUGUGUCGCCUAUGUACAGGGACAGGGGAAAAUAAAUGUGCCUUCUCCUCCCAGGAACCGUACUUUGGCUACUCUGGUGCCUUCAAGUGUCUGAAAGACGGGGCUGGAGAUGUGGCUUUUAUCAGGGAGAGCACUGUGUUUGAGGACCUGCCAGACGAGGCGGAAAGAGACCAGUAUGAGCUGCUCUGCCCAGACAAUACCCGGAAGCCCUUGGACAAGUUCCAGGAGUGCAACAUGGCCCGGGUCCCUUCUCAUGCUGUUGUGGCACGAAGUGUGGACGGCAAAGAGGAUGCUAUCUGGGAGCUUCUCCGCCAGGCACAGGAGAAGUUUGGAAAGAACAAAUCACCGGCGUUCCAGCUCUUUGGCUCCCCUCGUGGGCAGAAGGAUCUGUUGUUCAAGGACUCUGCCAUCGGGUUUUCGAGGAUCCCCUCGAACAUAGAUGCUAGGCUGUACCUUGGCUUCGAGUACUUCACUGCCAUCCAGAACCAGAAGGAAAGCGAGGCGGAGGCCAAGGCCCGGCGCGACCGGGUCUCGUGGUGCGCUGUGGGCGAGCAGGAACUGAAGAAAUGCAGACAGUGGAGCAGCGCGAGCCGCGGCAACGUGACCUGCGCCUCGGCGCCCAGCACCGACGACUGCAUCGCCCUGGUCCUGAAAGGAGAAGCUGAUGCCAUGAGUUUGGAUGGAGGAUAUAUCUACACUGCGGGCAAAUGCGGUUUGGUGCCUGUCCUGGCGGAGAACUCCCAAUCCCCCCAAAACAGCAACCUUGCUUGUGUGGAUAGACCAGCGGAAGGAUAUCUUGCUGUGGCAGCGGUUAGGAAAUCAAAUGCUGACAUCACCUGGAACUCUCUGAAAGGCAAGAAGUCCUGCCACACAGCCGUGGACAGGACAGCAGGCUGGAACAUCCCCAUAGGCCUGCUCUUCAGCCAGACAGACUCCUGCAAAUUUGACGAAUUCUUCAGUGAAAGCUGUGCCCCUGGGUCUGCCCCGGGAUCCAGUCUCUGUGCUCUGUGUGUUGGCAACGACAGGGGAGAGGACAAGUGUGUGCCCAACAGCAACGAGAGGUACUACGGCUACACCGGGGCCUUCAGGUGCCUGGCUGAGAACGCUGGAGACGUUGCAUUUUUGAAAGAUGUAACUAUCGUGCAGAACACUGAUGGAAAGAAUACUGAAGCAUGGGCUAAGGAUUUGAAAUUGGAGGACUUUGAACUGCUCUGCCUCGAUGGCACCCGGAAGCCUGUGACUGAAGCUCAGAGCUGCCACCUGGCCGUAGCCCCAAAUCAUGCUGUGGUAUCUCGGAAAGAUAAGGUGGAACGCCUUCAAGAAGUGUUGUUCCAACAGCAGGCUCUGUUUGGAAAAGGUGGAUCUGGCUGCCCGGGCGAAUUUUGCUUAUUCCAGUCUGAAACCAAAAACCUUCUGUUUAAUGACAACACUGAGUGUCUGGCCAAGCUCCAAGGCAAAACAACAUAUGAAAAAUAUCUGGGACCACAAUAUGUCACAGCCACUGCUAAGCUGAGACGAUGUUCACCCUCUGCACUCCUGGAAGCCUGCGCUUUCCUCAAGAAGUAAAACCCAAGAAGAAGGAGGAGAGGACAGCCUCCCCAGGGAGCCUGCAGCCACUGUGCGCUCAGCCUUGUCCCGCGCUGGGCCUCGCCCUCCCCGGUGAGGGCAGCGUUUGCCAAGCCAUCUGUUUUCACAAUUCCCUGCUUUCAUCUCCGCAAGAAAUAAAAUUAGAAAAAUUGUUGACUUUC